AUGGCGGCGGCCAAACUUUACGGCGGCGACAUGGCGAUGCCGAUGACGCUCCGGCGUAUUUCAACGAUUCCGAGCAGUGGAUCUUUCUCUCCACAAAGGCACGUCGCUGCAAUGGCGGCCAAGAGAAGCCCUAAGCGUCUCAAGUACUCUACUCCUCGCUUCACUAAGGAAGGGGAAUUGCUGUGUAUAGAGGUGGAUCCUUCGGGGGUUGAUGCGUGGAAAUUGGAACCUGUGAUUGAGCUGCUCAAGCAAGGAGCUGUUGGGGCUAUUCCCACUGAUACAGUAUAUGCAAUAGCCUGUGACUGUAAAAACCAUUCCGCUGUAGAGCGUCUCCGAAGGAUUAAAAAGAUUGAAUCCUCCAAGCCACUUAGCAUCUUAUGCCGUUCCUUACGGGACAUAGACACAUUUACAAUGGGCUUCCCUCGUGGUGAUGGCCAUGGCCAUGCUAACGUUUUCCGAGCUGUCAAGCAAUGCUUACCUGGACCUUACACCUUCAUCUUGACUGCAAGCAAAGAAUUACCAAAACAGUGUGUAGGGUUUGGCACCACAAGUGUCAAAUAUGCUUCCAGGAAAAACGUCGGUGUCCGCAUUUCUGAUGACGCUCUCUGCCAAGCUAUUUUGCACCACAUGGAUGCCCCUCUUAUUUGCACCAGUGUGAAAGGGCCUAAAGAAAAUGAAUGGAUGAUUGACCCAACCGCUAUUGGUGACAUGUAUGGACCAGAGGGCCUGGAUUUUGUGGUAGAUGGAGGUGUCCGAGUUACUGAACCAUCCACCAUCGUGGAUAUGACAGGACCAUAUCCCAAGGUCAUACGCCAAGGGAAGGGACCUAUAUUGCCAUGGAUGGUCGUUGAGGAUGAGGACGACGAGGAUGAGGACUCUCGCCUGCGCCAACAUCUUAUAGCUUCUGGAACUUAA